CAGCAAGGCGCCCUCCCCGGGCGCGGCGGCCUCCGAGAGCGCUCUGCCCAGGGAGCCGGCGUCCGAGGUGCGGAGCAAGAGAAGGGCCGCCGCUCCUCAGGCGCCGCUGCCGCCGGCGGCCGGGCGUUUCGUGGAAGGCUCCAUCGUCCGCAUCUUCAUGGAGAACUUCCUAACAUACGAUGCCUGCGAAGUGUCUCCCGGACCCAACUUAAACAUGAUCGUUGGAGCUAAUGGAACAGGAAAGUCGAGUAUUGUUUGUGCCAUUUGCCUUGGACUAGCAGGCAAACCUGCUUUCAUGGGACGGGCAGAUAAGGUUGGGUUCUUUGUGAAGAGAGGAUGUCUCAAAGGCAUGGUGGAAAUUGAAUUGUUCAGGGCUUCUGGAAAUCUUGUAAUCACCCGUGAGAUUGAUGUGACAAAAAAUCAAUCCUCUUGGUUCAUCAACAAAAAACCUACAACCCAAAAAGUAGUAGAAGAGCAGGUCGCAGCCUUAAAUAUUCAAGUGGGCAAUCUCUGUCAGUUCCUGCCUCAGGACAAAGUUGGAGAAUUUGCUAAACUUAGCAAAAUUGAGCUCCUUGAAGCCACUGAGAAGUCCAUCGGCCCCCCGGAGAUGCACAUGUACCACUGUGAGCUCAAGAACUUCCGGGAGAAGGAGAAGCAGCUGGAGACAACAUGCAAAGAGAAAACUGAGUAUCUAGAGAAGAUAAUCCAAAGGAAUGAAAGAUACAAACAAGAUGUGGAAAGGUUUUAUGAACGGAAACGACAUUUAGACUUAAUUGAGAUGCUUGAAGCAAAAAGGCCCUGGGUGGAAUAUGAAAGUGUCCGUCAGGAGUACGAGGAAGUGAAGCAGGCCCGCGAUGCCGUGAAGGACGAGGUGAAGAGGCUGAAGGAGGGCCAGAUCCCCAUGACGCGGCGGAUGGAGGAGAUUGAAGCACAGCGCCAUGGCCUGGAGGCUCAGAUCAAGCAAAAGGCAGCAGAUAUCAAGGAAGCAUCUCAGAAAUGCAAACAGAAGCAAGACCUCAUUGAAAGGAAGGAUAAGCAUAUUGAGGAGCUUCAGCAGGCUUUAAUAGUAAAACAAAAUGAAGAGGAUGACCGACAACGAAGAAUAAGUAAUACCCGCAAAAUGAUAGCAGAUUUGCAGAAUGAACUGCAUUCGGCUGAAAACUGUGAAAAUCUUCAGCCUCAGAUUGAGGCUGUCACGAACGAUCUGAGCCAAGUUCAGGAUGAAAAGGCCUUGUGUGAAGGCGAGAUCAUCGACAAGCGGAGAGAAAAGCAGACGUUAGAGAAGGAAAGAAAGAAUGUGAGCGAUCAUAUUGUGCGUUUUGAUAAUCUUAUGAACCAGAAGGAGGAUAAGCUGAGACAGAGGUACCGUGACACCUACGACGCCGUGUUAUGGCUGAGAAGCAACAGAGACAAGUUCAAGCAGAGGGUGUGUGAGCCCAUCAUGCUCACGAUCAAUGUGAAAGAUAAUAAAAAUGCCAAGUAUAUUGAGAAUCAUAUUCCAUCAAAUGACUUGAGAGCCUUUGUAUUUGAGAGUCAAGAAGAUAUGGAAGUUUUCCUCAAAGAGGUCCGUGACAAUAAAAAGCUAAGAGUGAAUGCUGUCAUUGCUCCCAGGAGCUCACACGCAGCCAGGCCGCCCUCGAGACUGCUCAACGAACUCAAGCAAUACGGGUUUAUCUCUUACCUACGAGAGCUGUUCGAUGCACCAGACCUGGUCAUGAGCUACCUUUGCUACCAGUAUCACAUCCAUGAAGUCCCCGUGGGAACCGAAAGGACGAGAGAACAGAUCGAGCGGGUAAUACAAGAAACUCGACUGAAACAAAUUUAUACAGCAGAAGAAAAAUAUGUGGUGAAAACAUCUUUCUAUUCGAACAAGCUUAUUUCCAGUAAUACGGCCCUGAAAGAGGCCCAGUUCCUCACCGUGACUGUGGACCUGGAGCAGAGGAGGCAUUUGGAGGAGCAGCUAAAGGAAAUUACUAUGAAGUUGCAGUCUGUGGAGUCAGAAUUGACUGGCUUGUGUGAGAAAAGCAAGCUCCUGGAACGCAGAGAUAAUGACCUGAGACAGAAGAAGAAGGAGCUGCUUGAGAGAAAGACCAAGAAGAGGCAGCUGGAUCAGAAGAUCAAGUCCAAGCAGGGAAGCUUAAAGCUGAUGGAACAGGACACCUGCAACCUGAAAGAGGAAGAACAAAAAACGGCCACCAAAAUCAAAGAAAUAAAUAUUCAAAAGGCAAAACUUGUUACUGAAUUAACAAACCUAAUGAAGAUUUGUACUUCGUUGCACAUACAAAAAGUUGGUUUAAUUCUUCAAAAUACUACAAUGAUCUCUGAGAAGAAUAAAUUAGAAUCGGAUUAUAUGGCUGUGUCAUCACAACUACGCGUCACUGAGCAGCGUUAUGGUGAGCUGGAUGAGAGCAGACAGAGGUUACUGCAGAAGUGCAAGGAGCUGAUGAAGAGAGCCCGGCAGGUGUGCAACCUGGGUGCCGAGCAGACUGUGUCCCCCGAGUACCAGACACAAGUACCUACCAUUCCAAAUGGACACAGCUCCUCACCCCCCAUGGCUUUCCAAGAUCUUCCAAACACCUUGGAUGAAAUUGAUGCGUUGUUGACCGAAGAAAGAUCAAGAGCGUCCUGCUUCACGGGCCUGAAUCCUACAGUGGUUGAAGAAUACAUGAAAAGAGAAGAAGAAAUCGAGCAGUUAACUGAGGAACUACAGGGAAAGAGAAUUGAACUGGAUAAAUACAGGGAGAGCAUCUCCCAGGUAAAAGAAAGGUGGCUUAAUCCUUUAAAGGAGCUGGUAGAAAAAAUUAAUGAAAAAUUCAGCAAUUUUUUUAGUUCUAUGCAAUGUGCUGGUGAAGUGGAUCUCCAUACAGAAAAUGAGGAAGACUAUGACAAAUACGGAAUUCGUAUUAGAGUCAAGUUUCGCAGUAGUACUCAGCUGCAUGAAUUAACUCCUCACCAUCAAAGUGGAGGUGAAAGAAGUGUUUCUACUAUGCUGUACCUGAUGGCACUUCAAGAACUGAACAGGUGUCCAUUCAGAGUAGUUGACGAAAUUAACCAGGGAAUGGACCCCAUCAAUGAACGGAGAGUAUUUGAAAUGGUUGUAAAUACUGCCUGUAAAGAAAACACGUCUCAGUACUUCUUCAUUACACCAAAGCUCCUGCAGAAUCUCCCUUACUCGGAGAAGAUGACGGUGUUGUUUGUCUAUAACGGGCCGCACAUGCUGGAGCCGAGCAAGUGGAACUUGAAGGCUUUCCAAAGACGGCGGCGGCGCAUCACGUUCACUCAGCCUGCUCAGUAAGCGGCAAAGGGAGGGAACUUUGGAAUUUUCUGUAAAAUUCUGUUUGUAAGUAUGGAUCAGCUGAAUAAAAGUUAGGUGAUUUGUUACAAGUUAAA